AUGUCCGGUCCGGCGAAGUGUGCCUCACUUGUAAACACAGUCACGCAGACGGUCACCGCAGCGGCCGUUGAAGCAGGGAACCGCAUUGCGAACCUCAUACCCGGACUGACUCUGAAGUGGGACUUCCUGUCGAUUCUCUUGCUGAAGCCUCAGAAGCUCUUCUGCAAGGAGAUCUACACAACACCGAAUUUCGAGAACUCCCCCUGCGCGGAUCAGCUCGGGUGCGGGACAGCCGGCCAGGGCCCACCAGAUGAAUCGGAGGUCGAGACUGUGCCGCCGGAGCAAGUGGAUCCGCCGACUGUAGAGAGGAGUCCUGGGAGUCCGGGCAAAACAGUCCAGUUCGGCUUCGAGUUUAUCCAGAUUGGCAACUUCCGUCUCGGGGCCGUCGAUGACAAUCACUUCUCGAUCUCGCGCCGGAGCUGA